AUGUCAAAUAAGAGCAACGAUAAAUUUCACAAGGUUGUUGUGUUUGCUGAGGACAUGACGGACGCCAUGCUCGAUAAGGUGUUGAGCACAGCAAAAGACGCUUUUCAGCUGCAAGUCACAUCGGAAAAAACUUUUUCUACCAUAGCUGAAUUCGUACGCCGCAACAUGGAAAAGGAAUAUGGCCGCGGCUGGAACUGCGUCGUGGGCUCUUCCUUUGGCGCCUAUGUGACGCAUGAAAUUAAAACAUAUGUCUACUUUAGUGUUGCCAUUGGUGUUUCAGUACUUGUUUGGAAAACUUAG